CCCGAGACGUCUCGGCCCGGGCCGCCGACUCCGCAGCAGGCCGCGCUGUCCCUCGCGCGCCGGUCACUCGCAGGCCCCGCACCCGCCGGUCGCUCGCGCGAGGGCCGCCCGCAGGCCCCGCGCCCGCCCGCGGCUGCCCGGCGAUGGCCGCCACCCAGACGCGUGGCGGUUGUCGGCGGCUCCCUGGCGGGUCUCUCGGCAGCAGUCCUGCUGGAGAGGGAGGGGAUGGACGUGUCCGUCUUCGAGAAGCGGGCCGACUACCAGCAGGUGACCGGCGGCGGCAUCGUGGUGCAGAAGGUGGUGUGCGACCUGUUGGACGAGGCUGGCGAGGGGGUGUCUGGCACCGAUCCCCGCCUGGCGCUGUCUGGCCGCCAGUUUCUUGAUGAGCACGGGGUCCCCAAGUCUGCGAUGGAGGCCCCUCAACAUGCGGGGAGCUGGUCGUCCGUAUGGCGUGCUCUGAGGGCAGCCUUCAAGGGCCAUUACCACGCAGGGGUGUCCGUUACUGGCGUCAAAGAUGGUUCUUCGUCUUUGGCUUUGGUCGGCGAUUUCGGCGAGCGCGACUUUGAUUUUGUUAUCGUUGCCGAUGGCGGCGGUAGCAACCUCCGUAAGCAGCUUCUUGGGGAGGAGUUCGAGCCUCCAGCGUAUGCUGGCUAUGUGGCGUGGCGCGGGGUUGUGUCACCAGAGGAUCUGGCGCCAGAUGUCCACGAUUUGCUAAUGGACGGAAAAGUCAGCUUCUUCCAUGGGGACAAGACUCACAUCCUUCUCUACCCGAUCCCAGUGCCUGGUGGCGUUGCGCUGAACUGGGUCUGGUAUUGGAACAUGCCCGAGGAAGACCUGCACUCGGUCGUGAAGGACUCGCGCUUGAGCCGGGAGGGCAUCUUUUCGGUGCCCCCUGGCAUGCUCGGCGAGCGCGUGGAGGAGGAGCUGCGGCGUCUUGCCAGGCUGGAGCUGCCGUCGAACCUCCGCAACGUCGUCGACGUGACGAAACAGCCGUUCCUCCAGCCCAUUGUCGACUACAAGGCGCCUCGGAUGCUGUUCCACGGCGGCAGGGCAGCGCUGCUGGGCGACGCCGCGUGCGUCCUGCGGCCCCACACCACCUACGGCACGGCGAAGGCGGUGGAGGAGGCGAGGGGCCUAGUCGAGGCCAUGCGCGCUGGCGGCGGCGGCGCCCUGCAGGAGUGGGAGGCGAGCGCGCUGGCGCGCAACGAGAGCCUCGUGCGCUACGGCGACUUUCUGGGGCAGUCGCAGCGGGACAGGGACGCGCGCGAGAAGCUGCGGUCGCUGCAGGGGCAGAGGCUGGACUCAUCGAGCGGGGCAGAGGCGGUGCUCGCGGCGGUGCGCGGUGGCGCGUGA